AGGCACUGGUAAAGAACAGCUAUGAAGCCGAAGACGAAAAACGAUAAGGAUUCAGAAAACCCUGUAACAAUUAAGAUCUACAUAUUGAUUGCUGUCGGGUUUCUGUUAGUGAUUCUUCCGCUGAUAUCGUUAUUGAUGGACACUCGACAACUUUUUAUAAAAUAUACAACAAGGAUUACGAAGGGGUCCGAAAUAUACAAGAUGUUACACCAGGAGUUUCCUGGCGCAUUUAUACAUGUAUACGUGUUCAACGUCACCAACAGCGAUGCCUUUAUUGCUGGCGAUGACAACAAGCUGAAGGUGGAAGAAGUUGGACCUUUUAUAUACCAGGAGUAUCGAAGAAAUGGGGACUUGCAAGUGGACGAGGAGGCGGGAGUCAUGCGGUACACGCCUCAGUUGUGGACGAAGUUCGUCCCAGAAGGUUCUAUUGGGGAUCCUCAUCUGGUCAACGUCACCGUGCCUAAUUCUGCAUUACUGGCAAUGGCAUCCAUGCUCUCCGACCAUCCGUUCUUCGCAAAGACCGGCUUCAAUCUCCUCGUGAGUCGAAUGCGACCCACCGCUCUGAUGAACAUGGACGUGCACAGCUUCCUUUGGGGCUAUGAGGAACCACUCAUCACCUUCGGCAACACCGUCCUGCCUGGAUGGAUCACUUUCAGCAAAAUGGGGGUUUUAGAUAGGCUGUACGACCAGUCAAGAAUUCCUCGAAUAGAGUCUGGAAUUACGAAUGAGGACAAAUUCAGAAUAAAAAGCUUGAACGGCGUUGGAGGACUGGAUGUGUGGGACUACGACAAUCCAAGUAAACGUACACGUUGCAACACCCUGGAAGAUACAUACGAAGGGAUAGCAUACCCCCCAGGCUUGACAAGCAAAACUAAACUGAGAGUGUAUCGCAAUGUCUUCUGCCGGAUGCUGGACUUGGAGCUGACAGGCUCUACUGCCAUGGAGUACACCCCAGAAGCCUUCGUCUACAGGUUCAGUAACGACACCUUCAGGAGUGGGCCCAGUACUGAGUGCCUUUGUGGAUCGAAGGGUUGCAGGAAUGGCAUAUCGGAUUUAUCCCCAUGUUUAUACAAUCUUCCUAUGGUGUUAUCUCAAGCCCACUUUUUGGACGCAGACCCUGAGCUCUACGAACGUAUUGAAGGCAUACAUCCCAACCGACAGAUACACGGCAGUCAGUUUAUAGUUGACCGAAUGAUAGGCGCAGUUCUGAAUACACAUUUCACGCUUCAAAUCAACGUGGAUUUGCAAGACGUCAGUUUCAAUUCAAAAGCUCGACCGUUCUCGAAUAUGGUGGUGCCUCUCGCUUAUUUCAAAAUUAUGCAAGCGGAUAUACCAGAGGAGGGAAAGGCGGUAUUCAAAAUGAUAUACUUCAAAGUUUUCUACAUCAUUCGAGCUAUUGAAAUAAGCAGUUUCGUGCUAAGCUUAAUAAUCUUAAUGUAUGCCGCUAAGUCGAUGUACUGGAGCGUGGUUUGCUGUAGAGGAAUAGGAUAUAAUAUAUCUAAGAAAAAUAACACUUUGAACAUUGUACAGAUUGAAGAGCCUCUGAUGGAUGAGAAGAGUUUAGGACAGAUACGCGUUUUAGAUUCUGAUCAUUAUUAGUUAAAAAAAUAUAGUGUAUUUCAAAAUACGAGUAAGUAGCGUUGAAUUCUGUAAUGAUAUUCUUAAGCUGUGUACGGAUAGCGCGUUCAUCUGCGGAUCUCCUUAUUUCUGAUUCGAUCGUGCAAAUGCAUAUAAAUCGCUCCAUCGCAUCGAAACGCAAUAUACACAUGUGUAAUUUUUACACAGAGUAUUCGAUAACGAGAUCGAUGUUUUGCUGUUCCGGCUAAACAAUCGAUUAUUUUUAGACAUUGUUUUCAUUACCAAGAUUUAUAUAAUAUAUUAAAAAUACUUACAAAUCGUUUAGUAAAGUAGAUGUUGUUAACCGUUUAAAAACCAUUGAACUACACAAAAAAGCACUCUUUACAAGACGAAAACGAUUACAACUAUGAAACAUCGGUUCUUUUUAGAGACAGUUUUUAUAAACGCGUUAGAUCGUUGAUCUUAUACUUUGACAGCGAGGCCGGUCCCUAUGUAAUUAUACUAAUAGCAUUAACAACUGAGUCUUAGGGCCAUAAAUCAUUUCUCUAUAUCUAUCUCGCUUGCACUUAUGGGUCUUAUGGAGCCGUCUAGUGAAGGGUGUAACAAUGAAAGACAUAUUAUCGAUAAGUAAAGUUUAUUAUCGUAUCUUGUUCACAAAAUUAAAAAAAUUAACAAUAUUUGAUUUAAUAUAAUACAUAUUUCAUAUUAUAUAAUUAUUAACUAAAUAAAAUUAAUCUUCAUCUGAGUCUUCAUCAUCAGAAUCUUCGUCUUCUGCCAAAUUUAUUAUAUAUUAGUAUCCAUAGUGCGCAACGAGUAACACAUGAAUGUAUUUAUUUAAUUGCAGUAAACACAUUUAUAGCAAAAAAAAUACGCAAUGCAAUUACAUUAGAAACCGACCAAUCAGAAUCGUCCAAAUCAUUAUUGACUCAUCAUUAGCACGUGCGCAGGUAGCCGUUUAUCGAUAAUUAGGGUGCGCAGGUAGGCGCGCUGCACAUUCCUAUCUUUUUUGACUUUUAUGACCGGACGACUCAGAUGAUAAUGCGCAUACUAUAGUCGGAGCGUAAAAUACGCGACUGAGUCGCGAAUUGGUCUCUCUAGAGCAAUAGUACUCAAUCUUUUUCAUCAAGGGGCCAUUAACACAUGUUAGUCAUGGUGUCGCGGGCGGCAAACAAUAAAUAAAUUAUUUCUUAGGUUUUCGCAAUAAAAAUAAUAAUAGUUUUUUUUAAAUAUAUAUUUAAUAUUAUAAAGCUGAAGAGUUUGUUUGUUUGUUUGUGUUGAAACUGAGGGAGACAAAAGUCUUAAUUUCAUUUAGUCGCACUGUAAACAACGAAAGUUAUUUAAACAAUACCUAAAUAUUGUCUACAAUGUCGAGUUGUGUAUUCAGGAGAUGUAAAAACUAUGUAGGUAUUGAACAUAAAUAUAUAACGUAAGCAAACACAAAAAGGUGCAUGUGUGAGCUCAGUGGAGUAGCUAAAUUCGGAUCACUUUUUGCGGUGAUUUUGUAGGCAAGUAACUUAUCUAUGGUAGAAAAUCUUAGACUAUACCAUUAGAAAUACAAAAUGCAGGGUCUUUUUUAAAAUAAUACAUAUUAAAAUAUUAUAUUAAGAGUGAUGCAUUUCUGGAGAUUCAUAGAUUUGAAUAAUCAAGAAUAGUUUUAUAGUUUAUGUUAUUUUAUUUAAAUUUGUGUAUAAAGGGCAUAGGGCAUAGGUUUCAUUCAAUUUUGAAACAUAUCCUUUAUAGAGACUGCUUUUAAUAUUGAUAAUAAUUAUAAAUAUUGAUUAUUUAUAAGUAUAGAAAAUUAUACUUUAUAUUUUUUACUAGCAAUAAGCCGUAGAGAAAAAUAUUUAUUUCGUUGUAAUAACAGUGAUUGGUUAAGGAUUAUAACAGCAAAAGUUCAAAACAAUAAUUAGUUCUUGGGAAGGUAAUUGAUCAUCAUUAUUCAGGCACGUAAAAAGAUGUAAGUGCAAAUAGAGUUUAUCUUACGAAGGUUUGGUUAAGUUCAUUGGCGUAUCUAGGAUUAUUUCCUAGGGUGGGCCCAGGCCCACCUUAAGGGACCAGCCCCUGACAUACCGCUGAACAGAGUUGACACUCAUUAUAGAAAUGUCGUUUACAAUGUUUGUGGUCGCUGGCCUCUGGAACGGGUCGACUGAUUUUAUUAAUUUUUUUUUGGAUAUUUUGUAUUUGGCGCCCAUCAUAGAAUUUUAAAUCGGUAGCCCAGAAUUCUAGAGUGGGCACUGGCCCAUUCUAGAGUGGGCACUGGCCCAUUCUAGGGUGGGCCCGGCCCACCCGGCAAAUCCGCUAUAUACGCCUAUGGUUAAGUUGUGACUUGUGCUAAUAUGUUGUACUUGUACGUAACAAACGCGUUUAUGUGUCUAAUGUCUAUUGAAAGAGCGUUAGAAAUGCAUUUUUUAAUUUUGUUUUUAAUACCAAUUUAAUAGCGUGGCGUCUAAGUAUUUCUAACAACUUAUUGUAACACCUAUCUACAGGCCAAGUUCCUACAGCGCUACGCUCAAAUACGAGUAUCUACCAACAUAAACUUCUCAUCAAAAAAACUGAAACCAUCCACAAGUAGGGGAGACUGAGGACACUUAAUCCCUCUUUUGAUUUUUGUCUCUAGAAUUUAUAUAAACGAAUUUUAAUACGUUUUUGGACCAAAACAAAAAAAAUUUAUCUAGCUUCAAUGUACUCUAACUUCGACUCAAUCAAGUUACUUUUAAAAUUACAAUUGUCCAAAAUUCAUCACUCACUCACAUCACAGGUCUAUGUCAUGUGUCCCCAGUAUAUGGGAGACUCGAUCCUACCUGUCGGUUUUUUUACGACUUUGGCAUCACAUACAAAUCAAUGCUGCUAUGUUAAAUUCAUCUACAGUAAGUGGAAAUCUACAAUUUUUUUAUGUACCAAAUCUCCCAAAAGGAUCAAUUGUCUUCAGUCUCCCCUGCUGUCUAGGCGCACUGUAUCGAUAUUUUUAAUAUGUGACCUUGAAAAAGUAUUUGGCAUAAUUAUUUAAUUUAGAUUUUAAUUUCUCCGUUUUUUGGAACCACUAUGACCACCACGGUUUUGAGUUGUUUUUUCGUUUUGCUUUUUCUAAAUAACUUUUUAUAUCUUAAUUUUUUUUUUUUGUAUUUCAGUUUUGUUGGAAUUUUAGACAUACUGUUACGCUACCAUAUUAUCUCAAAAUCUACUGAACCCAAUGAUGAAACACCUUAAGUUGGAGUAAACCUAACACAAUUUUUUUUAAAAUAGAAACUGAUACGAGUAGAAUUGAUACCUAAAGUACAUUUUUGAAGUCUGUAUAAAAAUAUAAUUCUAAAACAGCUGAACCAAAAGUUUAUUUAAGGCCGUACUUAUAAGUAGGUAGAACUUUAGAGUCGCUUUAGAUAUAAAUUAACCAAUGGAGUUGAAUCAAUAUGAAAAUCUCUGUGAAAUUGUAAAUAUAAUAUUUAAGUCUAAUUUAGUGUUUAAUUGCUUUAAUAAGUUUAUUUUUUAUACUUUGGUGGUACGAUAAAUGAAUUUGAAAGCA